CGUGGUUGAGCGCGAACACUCUGCCUGACUCGACCGGCGGACGGCAACCGCGCUGGGGGUCUUGACGUCGCACGAUAUUGCUAUACGAAAGUCGCGAUGUGCCAAAUAAUAACUGGAAGACAGUGAAUUGGUGCGAUAACACGAUUUAUAACACGAAUAUAUUACGAACGGUGAACACCAUGGCUGAAGUUAGGUGCGCUAGUGUUUUAUUUAUGUGCAUUUUAUAUAGUGUCACAAGUUUUAAUCUAGAACCGAGGAUCCCUGUUUUAAAGUUUGGAGAGCAAGGCUCUUAUUUUGGAUUUUCUGUCGCGGAACACCUCACCGUCAAUGAAGAUGGAUCUAGCGUUAGUUGGUUGCUGGUUGGUGCUCCACUAGGUCAAAAUCUACAGCCAAACACGACAAAGUCGGGCGCGCUAUGGAAGUGCAGUGUAACUUCAACGCCCACCGACUGCGUCCAAAUCAUCACCGACGGCAAACGGACGAAGUACGGCAAGAUAGACACGAAUUUGGAUUCUGAUCACCUGACUGGGCCAUACUCGGAUGAGAUCAAGGAGGGGCAAUGGCUGGGCGUGUCUGUGAGGAGUCAGGGUCCGGGGAAGAAGGCUGCCGUCUGUGCGCACAGAUAUAUCCGCAAGCAGGGAGAGCUGCAAUUCGGCCAAGGUCUAUGCUACACGCUGAGCAACGAAUUAGAAUUAGUGGAUGUCAUGGAGCCUUGCAGAGGAAGAUCCGUAGUGAGAGAGCAUGAAGAAUACGGGUUCUGUCAAGUAGGAACGAGCAGUUCUCUUCUAGACGAUGACACGCUGCUUAUGGGCAGUCCAGGACCUUACACCUGGAGAGGAACCAUCUUCGCUCAGGAUACCAGAGACGAUGUGCUGGAGAGAGACAACGUCGUGUAUAUGGCACCUGUGCAAGACGGCGCUAGUCCGGUCGAGAAGUAUAGUUAUUUAGGAAUGUCAGUGUCCAGUGGCAAAUUCUUUGGCGGAGACAAGGAAUCUUACGUGGCCGGAGCACCAAGAGCCCACGGUACUGGUCAGGUGGUGAUCUUCAGCAAGCUUGCUACGGAAGACUGGGGGAGGACCGACUUGAAUAUCCUCAACUUUACGCUGAUGCUCAAGGGAGAACAGUUCGGCUCUAACUUCGGGUAUGAAGUCGCUAGCGCUGAUGUCAAUGGAGACGGGCUACCAGAUUUAUUAGUUGGCGCGCCAUUCUACUUCUCGCGAGACGUGGGCGGCGCCGUCUACUUGUAUCUAAACGUAAACUCAAGUCUGCAUCAAGAAUAUAACGUCAAAUUGACUGGCAAACAAGAAUCCCAGUUCGGUAUUGCUAUUGCUAACGCUGGAGAUUUAAACAAGGAUGGAUGCCAAGACAUAGCAAUAGGAAGUCCCUACGAAGGAAAUGGUGUGGUGUACAUUUAUUUGGGAGAUAGAGAAAAGGGUCUGAACUCCAAGCCUGAUCAAGUCAUAACGGCAGAAGCUUUGCCGGUUCUGAUGAGAACCUUUGGAUAUGCUUUGUCCGGAGGUGUAGAUUUAGAUGCCAACGGAUAUCCUGAUUUAUUAGUUGGCGCAUACGAAAAUAGCAGCGUUGCUUUAAUACGAACACGACCGAUCAUCGAUAUCAAGACGUCAAUCCGACCAUCGAACACAAUUAUUAACAUCGACCCCACUAUUCACGGCUGUGACCGUGACCCCAGCUCCAACUACACCUGCUUCCACUUCGAAGCUUGUUGCAUCAUCGAGUCCCUGGUCAAGGCUAGUCAGGCCACCAGGCAUCGCCUGAACUACGUCAUCGAAGCAGAAACCUUCCCCGGUGGAAAGAAAUAUUCAAGAGUCUUCUUUGAUUCUGAAAAGAGCAACAUUGUAAAUAGAACUAUUAUGCUCGGUAGGGAUGUCGAAGACUGUAGGGAACAUAUCGUGUACUUGAAAAAUAACACUCGGGAUAUACAAACGCCGAUAAAGUUCCAGCUGACUUAUCUCCUCGUACACGCGGAACCUCGCUACUCUCAAUCUGGCACUCUUCCUGACGUGGAUCAGUAUCCUGUUCUCAACGCCACCGCCAGUUCUACGUUCACCGCUAACUUCCUGAACGACUGCGGAGCUGAUGCCGUUUGUAUCAGCGACCUUGUUGUGGACCCCAAAUUGUUGCUACCUUUGGCGAAGGACAAUACGAAGUACGCCCUAACUUUGGGACAAGAGGAGGAAAUAAAGCUGUCUAUAGCAGUAGAUAACUACGGAGAGUCUGCGUAUGAAGCGCAGUUAUUCGUCAACCACCCGCCUAGCCUACAUUAUAUCGCAGUAAAUAUAAGCGACAAACACGUAAUCUGCACAAGCUUCAACAAGACCACCGUCACCUGCAUGCUAGAGAAUCCCUUCAAGAAGCAAGCUGAAGGCUCUCCACCAAUCACGAUGCGUUUCGACGCUCGCGCUCUGGAAGACAACGACCAAUCAGUAGUAUUUACUGUUUGGGCUAACUCCACGUCUAAGGAAUUGUAUCCUGGAAAGACCCCCGUACAAGUUGAAGCCCUGGUCAUUAAGAAUGCUGAGCUUCUAAUUAAAGGUGUGGCUCGUCCAGAACAAGUAUUCUACGGCGGUGGAAUUAAAGGAGAGUCUGCAAUGACGUACUUUGAUGACAUCGGAACCAGGGUGGUUCACACAUAUCAGGUGUUCAAUGAGGGUCCAUGGCACGUGUCGUCAGUGCAGGUUGUGAUACAAUGGCCACAUCAGCUCGCCUCCGACACCUCUCAGGGAAAGUGGCUGCUUUAUCCUGAAGAUGUGCCCACUGUAGAUGGUGAAGCUGAUCAAAAUGGAGAAUGUUUCGCUCGCGAGGUCAACCCUCUCAAUUUAACCACUCGACCAGGCACAUCAGAGCCUUUGGAAAACUUGGAGAUUGAUCCAUCACUGACUAUGGGCAAACUUAGUGUUAGUUCGAGCGAGAAGUCACAUAACGAAACUAGAAGAAAGUGGACUACAGAGUAUUCCAGCUCUAGUUCUUAUAGCACUAACCAUUUAAGAAGGAAAAGAGAUGAAGAUGCUGUAAAGGCCGAAGCCUAUACUGAUAGGAAACAUGUUAUUAAUUUGAAUUGUCAAGAAAAAACAGCAAAAUGCAUCCAGUUCCAAUGCGUGAUCUACAAAUUAGGUCGUAUGAAGACGAGUACGAUCAGUGUGCGCGCGCGACUGUGGAACGUCACGCUCGUCGAAGAGUUCGCGAGAGCGGCCCGAGUCAACAUCGCGUCUUCCGCGUACAUUAGCAUACCAUCCCACUUCAAUAUACACCAGAACAAACAGACUGAUGAUAGAACUACGGUGGAGACGGUCGCAUAUCCAGACUUGAAGAUAAGCGAGCCCACCGAAGUGCCACUGUGGGUGAUCAUCAUAUCAGUGAUAGUGGGGCUCAUAGUGCUGGUGCUGUUAAUCUUAGCACUAUGGAAGCUGGGCUUCUUCAAGCGCAGCCGGCCAGACCCCACGCUUUCCGGGAACCUGGAGAAGAACAACCAUGAAGCGAGUCCCUUCAUCGGGCGUGAUAGGAACAGUGUUCGAUAGCCCGCCGUCACCCGCGCGGUACACAGAACAUUACACAGCGACUACGCUGUCCGAGUGUAAAUAGAACCGACUAUUGUGCACAAGUAUUUAGUAUGUAAUAUCUCUGACUGUGAUGUCUUCUUAGAGGAAUUUGUGUGUAUGUGAUGCUCUAAAGUUAUGUUCUGUUUUGUUGAUGUUGACGCACGGUACUAUAGGUAUAUUUGUUUUAUUGUAAUUGCAUUUCUCUAGCGUAAUGUGAACAUGUUUCAGAUUGUUUGUUUAUAUAUUCUGAUGGAUUAUGUAUUAUUUUUUAAUCUUUUCUGUAAAUACGUACUUGCCUUUAUUAUUUAUGAAUAGUUUAAAUGUCUACUUAAUUUGACUAGAUUUUUCACUAGUCACAAAAUGUAAUAAUGUUAUAGUUUACGUGUAGGGAAUAGUGAUGUAUUGUCCUGUUUAUAAGUGAAAUUGGUCACAAUUGAUUUUGGACACUAAAACUUCUGAUAACGUAUUAAGAGAGCUUUUUAAAAGUCCUGGUAGGUACUUAAAUAUUUAAUGACUUUUUUACACGAUUUAUAAAAUAAUGCAUUACUUCACCUUUCACUAUUAUUCAGCAUGAAAUUAUUGAAUAAAAUGUUAAAAUGAAUUCGUUGUAUGAACUAGCUUUAUAAUUAUUAGUAUUAUAUUGUAAAUAAUAUUGUUUCCAUGUCAUUAGAUUUUGUACAAAAUUUUCUAUCUAUUGCAAGUAGAGGCAUAUAUUUUACACGAUUUUUCUAAAAAAAUACCAGUACCACUGCCAACCCUCCCAUCACCUAGUAUUUAAUGCCUUAAAUAAAAUGUUGAUUACUUAAAUAACACUGGUUGUGAUUAUUUCUUUUAUGAACUACAUACAUACCUACUUAAUAGUACAUUUUAGAUGAAAUAAAAUUGUGCCAUUUUUA